GUCUUCAAAGACAAACUCAGUGCAUACUAAUUUUAUUAAGACAUACUUGCAAACAGUUUCCCUUCCCUUCUUGUUUUUCUUUUCUAUCUUUUAUUUUGGCAAAGUGUUGCAAGAUGGCAGCAUUUUACAAGAGGCAGACCAAGGAGACCCUCAUCAAUCUCUGUGAGCAAAGAGGAAUUGAUGUAGCGGACAAAUCGAAGGAAAUGUUGAUUUGUGCCUUGGUGGAAAAGGAGCAGCAGAACUACACACCUGAGUCAGGAGACUAUGCAACUCAGGAUGUCCCAGUGAUGAACUCUGUUCCAGGAUCCUCUCAGCGAGAGGACAGUUCUAGUUGCAGUGGGCAGGAUGACAGGAAUUCAUCCCUGCAAGCAUCUUUGCAAUUGUUGGGUUCAGAUGACCCCCAGCUGCGUCUUCAGCUCAUCCUGCAAUAUCAACAGGCAGAGAGAGAUGCAGCAGCUGCAGCAGCAGCAGAAAGAAAGGCAGAAAGAGAUGCAGCAGCAGCAGCAGCAGCAGCAGCAGCAGCUGAAAGGCAAGCAGAAAGGGAUGCUGCUACAGCUGAAAGACAGCAUCAACUGGAGUUAGUCAAGCUCCAGCAGCAGGGAUCACACUCACGGUCCAGUGAGACCCAGGAAGUACGCCCUUUAAUAAACUCUGUGGAUAAAUUUCCAGUUAUGGAUAAAGAUGGUGACUUGGAUACCUUUUUGCGGUGCUUUGAAAGGGCUUGUAGACAGUAUCACUUACCCCGUGAGCAAUGGGUAAAAUAUCUCACCCCAGGGUUGAAAGGCAAAGCCCUGGAUGCCUUUGUGGACUUACCACCAGAGUUUGAUGGGGACUAUGAUGCUAUAAAAAAUGCCCUCAUCAAAAAGUACCAUCUUACACCAGAAGUAUACCGCAAAAGAUUUAGAACUGUGCAGCGUGCACCUACAGACAGCUACUCUGAUGUUGUGAGUAGUCUGAGAACCGCUUUUAGAUCCUGGUUGAGAGGACUCUCUGUUACAUCAUUUGAGUGCCUGGAAGAUCUGAUGAUAAAGGAUCAAUUUUUGCACACCUGUCCUAUGGAAGUGAAGCAAUUCAUUAUGGACCACGAGCCCAAAACGGCAGAUCAGGCAGCAGAGAUAGCAGACACAUAUGCUGCAAAUAGGAUGUCUGACCACCGCAGAACAUCUGUACCAAGCUACAAGGAGCGAUCAACAGGAGGAACCGCACACAACAGUCUACAGUAUGGUGAGAAUUCAUCUUUUGGGGGGUCUGUUGCAGCUGUGGGGCAGAAGGAUACCCGCCGAUGUUUUUCCUGCAACCAGAUGGGCCAUGUGAGGACUGACUGUCCACAAAAGAAGGAACCAACUUCACCUGGACAGCCUGUUGUGAUGCUUGUGUCUGGUAAGCCUGAGAAUCUACAUCAUCAUAUGCAGUCUGUGAUUGUGGGGGACAAAGUGACUCAGGGACUAAGAGACUCGGGAUCUAAUUUUUCUCUGGUGCGUCCAGAGAUGUUAAACACUGGGGACAUUAUUCCUGGAAAGACUUUGUCUAUAAAGGGAGUGGGUGGGAGCCACCCAAAGGUGCCUGUGGCAAAAGUUUUCUUGGAUUGGGGUGCGGGGAGAGGUCUAAGGGAAGUGGGUGUAACUAAUGAAAUUCCUGUAAAUGUCUUGUUGGGGAAUGAUUUGGGUUACAUGGUAACUGCUUUUGUGCCCUAUGACCAGGUCUCACUAGGUCCAGCCGUGCUGGAGUGUGGCCACCCACCUCAACAGGUAAUUGUAAAAAGUACAAUGCAGCAAAGUAACUGGGAGGGAGGACUGGGAGGCAGGAGCCAGAGUCAACCAGUGCCUGAACCAGUGUUGUCCCAAAGUAGGGAUAAGAAGGGAGAGGGGGAGGAGAGGUUUCCCCUAGGAGUCUCCCUGGUGCAGCCCGGUAGUAUACCGGCAGUGAGGGAUUUCCAGCGUGUAAUCCCUGAUCCUGUACCCAAACUGCCUGAGGUCUUGAGUGAGGGUCAGCAGCUACGCCAAGCUCAGGAGUCAGUGCAGAAGCAUGAGGGACAGGUGGUUAGGACUCAGAGUAGGGUCCUAGUGGAUAAUGCCACUCAGACUGGGGAGAGUGAUGGUAGUAGUGGGCCAGGAAUAGCCCUCAUGCCAGAACCAGUACUGAGGGGCGGUCAGGUGGUCAGUACUAAGGAGGAAAUGCUGACAGUACCAGGAGUUGCUCCCAAGUCAGAUAGCAACAAAGUAGUUUUUCCAGAAGUCCAGAGUAUUAAGGACAAGCCCAGUGGUUUAUGCCAACCCAAGACUAAGCAGGUCAGUGGAGACCAGGGUGGCAUCAAGGGGGUGGGAGGCCUCCAACUACUUUCUAUGUCUAGGCCCAGGGAAUGGGAGAUUAGAGAUAGGCUGGAGGGCCCCUCAGUGAACAAGGUGGGAGGAAUAGGUCAGAUGCCUGAGGAGAGCAGUGAUAGACCAUUGCCUACUAUGCAAACCUGCACUCUGUCCAGAGACAGUGCAGAUAGAGGCAAAAUGGGAAGUAUACCUACAUCAAACCAGUCCAGUACCUGGGAUUAUACUGAUACAGCCCUCAAGGAACAAGACUUUAGGCCGGGGAGGUAGCCUGAUCCCUCAUACUGUAUAACAUGAAUGGAUAUUUCGAUAAUGACCUGGCUAUGGUUAUGGAUUUAUGUUUUAUUGUGGCAAGGUUAAGAGUGACCUGUAAGUCAAUCUCCCCUUGCUCACUCUAAAAAGGGGAGGUGUCAUGAUACAGGCCUGUAAUAGUUAAUAAAACAGGCCAAGGUAUCAUGAGAAAUAUUUCUGCCAACAUCUAAAUCAGACACAUAACAGGCCUCUUUUCACUAUGGUCAGAGGGGUCAGAGC